AUGACGCAAAGAAGGAAGAUGGAGCCGAAGAAAGAGAAGGCAUAUGUAAAAAUUGUGUUAUGUUUCAUAGUUAUAACUGCCCAGGUCGCAGUUUCUGAUGAUAAUAUUUGUGAAAAGGUUAUAGGCAAUACAAUUAAAAACUUAUGUAGUGAGCUAAGCUCAGAAUCGACUUGGCACAAAGAUUUUAUUUGCAAAAAGGAAGCGAUCCCAUGGCCUAUUUCGAAUUCCAGUUGCUGUGUAAUGCCAGAUUGCACAAUAGGCAUUGAUUUGGUUGGACACAGUGGCAACAAUCCAGCCUUGAAAAAACACAGUAUUGAAAUGGAAAAUAAUCUGAAAUAUAUUGCGAUUGAUGGUGAUCAGCAAUGCAGUUCAGGAGAAAGCUCUUGGUCAGAAGUAAAGGAGCAUGAUGGUGUUAAGAUAUGUUCAAAACCAAAUGCUUGCACAAAUAUCACAUGCCCUGAUAAUUCUCACUGUGUUGUCAAUGGGUCAGCUUAUCAGUGUCAAUGUGACAAAGACUGGCAUGGAUACAAGUGUCUCAAAUAUAAAACAUUUCCAGCUGAAACUUGGCUGAUUAGUAUUGGUGCCUCAACAUUUGGAAUUAUUUCAAUAUUAUGGUCAUAUCAAAAGUACAGCAUGGUGAAGAACAAAAGGCGCUCAGUUAACAUAGGUACCCGAUAGAUAGCUGGUUUUCAGAAAUUAUUUUUGUUUAAUAAUAGCGAUUUUGUGAUUGAAAUUUUUUUAAUGUUUUGUUUUCAUUGAUGAAUGUUAAUAUUAGAUCUAUCUUAAUGAAUAAGAAGAAUACGCAAACCAACAUUGUUCCCUGGUGGAGAGGGAAAUACCUGGAUUUGUCCUUGAGAACUAACAUCAGUUUUCCAAGACUUUUGGCAGGCAUUGUAAUUGACAGUCUUGGAUACUAGGUAAUCUUGUAGGGUUGAAUAGAUGGUUAAUUCGAAAUAUUUGAUGAAUAGUUGGUUUCUCUUUUAUUUACAGUUGUUCAAGAGUAUCUUCUUUUGAUUGUUUCAAUUAGAAAGCCCUUGUGAAACAUUCCAUAGGCAAAACAAACAUUCCAUAGCAAAAUUAUCAUUUGUUCAUACGGACUUUUUUAUUUUCCCGGUUUGGUCAGAUGCGGGGUGAUCUUGGGCACCUAGUCUAGUUUGAGUCGUUAUCCGACGUUUCAUUUUGUAUGGAACAUGUCCAUGUACGCGUUAAAUCUUUCUUCUAUUUCAAUCUUUGUACAAAUGCUUCAAGAAUCUAGAAGAUCUCUUAUAAAUAUGCAGUUUCUGCUUAAAAGUUAAAACCGUGAACAGUUUGCUGUUGUACGAUUUUGGAACUUGCAGUUAUGCAAUUUUUAAUGAUUACAAGGAAAACUGACGAAUGUGACUUAUUUGUAUAAAUAACUUUUUACUAAAUUCGAUUAAAGGGAUAGUUUGAUAUCUGCUGCUUUA